CAGAAGCAUUCUAAGCUAUGAGGGACGUUGCCCUCACCCAACUCCCACUCUCUCUGUCUCUCAUUCUCUUUUGGAAUUUCCAAGAUUUAUAUUUCUUUCUGGAUUGUCUUGUCAUCUUUGUUUCCAGACCUCAGUUGGAACCAGAUCUGUCUGCGGGGUCACAAACAUAAUGAUACCAAUCAUGACAGUUUGUCGAUUCUGCUAAAAUCUGCAUUUGUCUGUUCUUGCCUGAUUUCAGGUCUCAUGGUCACUUGCGCUAGAUUGUUUAGCAUCUGCCGCCUCUUUCUUUUUCCUGAGUUGCCCAGAACGCCUUGUGCAACGAAGAUAGAUUGUUGUCACACGUCACAGCCAUCUCCAUUCCAUCUCAGCAAACCCACAUCUUAAGAAGGCACCAUAUCUACAUGGUGGUAUCGUUUUCACAGCAGCAUUCUUGACCUCAGCCAACACACCAGCCAGCAAGUCGAUACACUCACUCUUCGCUUGACCUUGUCCCAACCCAUCAUCCAACAUGGCAGAAGAGAUCCCAAGCCCUGUCCCUAACGAGCACACCGUCGUUCCGCCCCUUACCACCUGGCAGCUCCUGGAAUCCAUGGACUUCAUGGCCAUCGAGAUCCAGAUGGUCGUGUCCGCCCUCUUCAUCAUCUACGUUGGCGCGCACGCCUCCUUGCGCCGCCCUCCUUCUGCCGCUCCACCUGCCAAGUCAAACCGCAAGACCAAGGACGGCAAGCCUGCCGACGAGCACAAGGAGAAGUUUGCCCCUGGGUUCGAGGCCAGUGAUGCCAUCGUGUUCCCGCUCAUGGCUGCCACAGUGCUGGUCGGGCUGUACUAUCUCAUCAAGUGGCUUCAAGACCCGGCCAUCCUAAAUAGGAUACUGAGGUGGUACAUGUCCUCCACUGGAGUCUUCAGCACAGGCUUGUUUCUCGGCAGCGUGAUACAGUUGGCCCUGGGCUUCGUCUUUCCCGAUGCCUGGAUGGACAGGAAGGGGAGGAUGUUCAAGGUCGACCCACGCAGCCGCACCCAAAGGCUGGUUGAGAAGCCCCGAGGACAGGACGGCGGGAUCGACGCUCGAAAGCGAACACCAUUCCCUGGUGUCGUGUCGGAACUCGGGGUGUCCUCGCGCACGAGAAAUUUCCUGUUCAAGCUCCGCCACCUGCUCGUUGAGGACUGGAACCUGGAAUUUGCGAUGCUGGGCUCGCUCAAGGAAAAUGUCUCCUUCAACAUUACCACCCUCAUCGGUUGUCUUCUCGGCAUCGUAGUGCAGGGCGCGUACCUGUACACCAGCAACACCAUGCUCGCCAACAUCAUCGGUCUGGCAGUCUGCUAUACGGCCUGCCAGUUUAUGUCGGUCACGUCCUUCUCCAUCGGCAGCCUGGUCCUGGUGGGCCUCUUCUUCUACGACAUCAUCAUGGUCUUUUACACUCCUUUUAUGGUCGGCGUCGCCACGCAGCUCGAUGUACCCAUCAAGCUGACGUACACGACUGCCAAACGCGCAAGCAUCCUUGGACUCGGUGACAUUGUCGUCCCGGGCAUCUUCAUCUGUCUUGCCCUGCGAUUCGACUUGUGGAAGCAUUACCAGCGUAAGAUGACACGCGAAAAGACACUUACUAACAGCAACAACACCACCAUCGACACCACCACCACCACUACUACUACUACUACUACCGCCUACCGUGACAUCAAGGCGCCAUUCGUCGAUCCCCGUGGCCAAUGGGGCACCGCCUUCUGGACCACGGCGAGCUGGCGCGACCUGCUGUCCGGCAAGUCUGCGCUCAAGUCCGUUGCCGACGCCUCAUUCCCCAAGCCAUACUUCCGCGCCACCAUUCUCGGCUACCUCCUCGGCAUGGUCGCCACUGUCUCUGUGCUCCUGGUCUUUCGCCAUGGCCAGCCUGCGCUGCUUUACCUCGUCCCUGGUGUUGUCGGGAGCGCCUACAUCACAGGUCUGUGGCGGGGCGAGGUUCACGAUAUGUGGACCUACACCGAGGACGGCAGCCUCGAUGUAGAGGAUGUCGUGGUCGAGGUCGAUGGGAAUGGUAAUGUCAUCACCAAGCCCAAGGAAGAGGACAAGAAGACGCAGGGCAAGGAUGACAAGGAGGCAGAUGGUGCGGCGGAGAAGACCUUCAAGCACAGCGAGGAGAAGACGAAGAAGGAUGGUGGCUCGAACGAGGGUGAGGCCUACGAGGUCUUGCACUUUUCCAUCACUAUACCAAAGGAGGAUGGCCUAAAAGAGGACUAAGGUAUCCGGUCACAUCCGUCAGUACAGGGUCUGAAUGACUUACUUUGUCUGCUAAGGCGUUGGGGAGGAGAGGGGAGGUCUGGGUACGGAAAUAAGGGCUGUCACGAUGGGUGGCCAUAGAAAUUCCCGGGUGUUACGUGGGCGUCGUAGCCCCCUUGGUGAGAUCCAACUUCUGUUGUGGUACCACGGUAGCUGAGGUGGCUGUCAUCGGAUCCAUUCAAUGAUACGGUGCACCCGCAGCGUGUCAGCUUAGGGCGAGGUCCCUGCAGAAGUGCAGCAUGGCAUACCCAAAAUAGAUGAAGCGAUUGCAUAUUCCUGAAG